AUGCUGGGCCUUUUGAUAUUAAACUUCCUAAUCCAACAGGUCAAAUCAGAUUUAUUACCAUUUCGAAAUACAAGCCUUUCUCGUAGUGAACGUGUGACCGACCUCUUAGGCCGCUUGACACUUGAAGAACUCACUCAGCAGCUUCAAUAUGGCGGUGCUGGUGCUGCUCAUGGUCCUGCUCCAGCAAUUGAACGUCUUGGAAUCGGUCCAUAUCAGUGGCGCUCUGAGUGCCUUCAUGGCUAUGGCUUUGAUGGCGAUGCUACAAGCUUCCCUCAAUCAAUCUCUUUUGCGGCUUCAUUCGAUAGAGAACUUAUUCAUUCCAUGGCUAAUGCCACUGGUUUUGAAGCUCGGGCCAAAUAUAAUGGAUAUGUUCGAAAUGGGGAAUAUCAAGAUCACAAGGGUAUUCAUUGUUUCUCCCCUGUUGUAAACAUAUUGCGCCACCCACUUUGGGGUCGAAAUCAAGAAACAUUAGGUGAGGAUCCAUAUCUUACUAGUGAACUCUCAAAUGCUUUCGUGCGCGGUUUAUCUGGCCUUCCCGCACGAGGCAAGUUAUCUCGAAAAUAUGUUGAGGAAGAGCACAUUUUUCUCACUGCUGCCUCUUGCAAACACUUUGCUGUACAUUCGGGUCCCGAGAAUUUAGCUGCCUCAAGACUCAGUUUUGAAGCUAAUGUAUCAGCUGCCGAUAUUUGUCUCACUUUUCUCCCAGCAUUUAAAGGUUGCUUAGCUGAUGGUAUUGCUCAAUCUGUGAUGUGUUCUUAUAAUGGUAUCAAUGGAAUUCCUAAUUGUGCCAAUAAGUGGCUUCUCAAGACUGUUCUCAGAGAAAUGAUGGACUUUAAAGGUUUUGUUAUAAGUGAUGAAGGAGCACUCCAGUUUAUGGUUUCUCAGCACAAAGCAUUCAAGACUUAUCUAGAAGCUGCAAAUGCGGCUUUCAACGCGGGGACAAAUAUUGAGAACUCGCAAGAAGUUGGUAGGGGUGUUUAUAGUGCUCUGCCUUUGCUUGUUCAGUCCAAUGUUAUCAAGAGAUAUCAGCUGGAGGAAAUGAAUCGACCUCUCUUCCUCACUCGAAUGAGACAAGGUGAAUUCGAUCCACCAGAAGACCAACCAUUUGCCAAACUGAAUAAGGAGGAUUUCAUUCAAUCAGACAGACACCGGCGUCUUUCGUUGAUUGCAGGAUGUCGUGCCACCAUU